UUUCCAUUGUUACUAACUUGUACUGGUUAAAAGUAUGAUUCAAGAAGAAGAAAUAAUGUGUAUGUUUUGCAAACCAUGUUUAGUAUAUCUAAAAGAGACAAUGACAAAUUCAUGGUUCAACAAGAUAUUAUAGUCAUCAAAAGGGUAGAAUUUUAGCAUUGAUAUACUUAUGAUACAGUACUUUACAGCUUUGAUUGGUCACAGAAUAUAUGACAUGAAGGGGUGAUGUAAUUAUCUGAAUUACUGUAGAUUUGAAAAGUUAAUCAAAAGUGAAGUAUGGUUAUAGGUCCAAUGGGUGUUGUUCAUAUACCACUCUCAGACUCAAAAUCAAUAUAUUAGAUACAUACUAUUUAUCAGCAUAUUGACAGAUUAUUGCUAUCAACUGCUGGUUGCAAGUUAUUUUACCCUGUUUGUAUCUUUUGGAACAAUGGCAAUUAAGUUGAUUAAAAUUAAGUAGAAUAGAUAGAUGGGCUACCACUGGUGUCACAGGCAUCACAGGUCUUGACCACCAUGUUGCGAUGCUUCUUUAGGAUCACGUUGUUGUUGUCAGCAUAGAAGAGUACAGAGAUGGGACUGAGCUUGGUGGGUGCGCAGCACGCUUUGGGAACCUCAUCUGGCUUCAGAAGGUGAACCUGCCAUUGAAAACGGGUUCGUGAUUGUCGACAGGUGGACAGCGACUUCGAAGAGGAAACAACUGUCCUGGAUGAGGUCCAGUUGGAUGUGCCAUUGGAUGAUGUGCCAGAUGUUCCACAGCUGCCAGUCCUCCUUGAUGUCCAGAAUGCUGCUAUCAUCCUUGAGGAUGUGCCAGAUGUGCAGACUGUCCUUGAGGAGGCCACUGGCAAUUGGCAGUUGAUUCCGAUUAGGUUCAGCCCCCUGUACUGUGGGCCUGUUGUGAUCAGGAACAAUGCCAGUCCGGUGGUUAAAGCUUGGAGAACUUUCCAGUUCAUCAGCCCCAUCAUCACCUACAUGCGUGGGGGAUCCCAGCAGGUGGUGGUGAGGAUGCACCACGUGAGUAGGGUGAGAGGCCUGGAGACUCAACUGGUGUGGGCCAUCUCCAAGGAGACAGCCAGGCUUAGUCCAAAGGGCAUCCCCUACUGUGCCACCAAAGUGCAGUCCAUCACUUGGAUCCAGCGUGUGGCUGGCAGGGUGACCCACUAUGUGUCUCACCUCCGCCACGAGAUGUCUGUGGACAUGACGCUUGGCUGCUACCAGCAGACUGAUGUCUCAGUGGUGUACGCCACUCUCCACAUGGGGCUGGACGGGCUUCUCUCCUCUUCAGCGUGGUCGGAGGCUGCCUCCUUCUCUACGCCCACCACUCAGCAGUUCACUGACCCAGAGCCUGAGGGCCACAACUGCUAUGAGGGUUGGGAGGAGGACCUGCUGCCUGAGGAGAGGGAGGUUCCUCUGCUAAACCUCUACCUUACCACCAAGAGAGUGGAGGACAUCGCCCUGAGGCUCGUCUCCCUGCGCCAGGCCUUCACUACCCUGCUUGGUUCCACCCUGAGCAGGAACCAUCUGUUUGUGGCGGGAAAGGUCCUCCUGGGCGCACUGGUUCAGGCCAACCACAUGGACGAGGCCAAGUUCAUCCGUACCUAUAACGACUUUGUGGACUACCUGAGUGACCCCUCCAAGCGGAAUGACAUUGAGAGGGAGCUGGCUGAGGCAAAGAUCCAUCAUGUGAACAUGAUAGAUGUCGUCUUUGAGCUGGUGCUGUUUGGGAUGAUGACAGCUCAGAAGUCCCUGAUGGUGCACCCCGGUGGGUUUGUGGAGCGUCUGUACGCUCUCCUGUACUCCUUCCUGCCCACUGCUGCCAACAUGGAGCCAGAGGCUGACAGAUACCUGCUGCUGCUCCAUGAUUCUUGUGACACUUUGCCACCCAAGAGGGAUCCAGACACCAAUGCACUACAUUACUUUGCACUGAAUUUGACAUUUUUAAAUAAAAUAAAACCCAGCAUCUCUCCUCUGGACCGUACCCCUCCCAUUCCACGAGUUACUGAAGGCCCCUCGCCCGAUGCCUCGAAUCCAGUAUGGAGCGAACAGCAUACGCCGGGUCCCCCUCGAUGUCCAGAGGAACCACCCGCACCUCAGACCCCUGGAGCGGACCAGCCACCACCGGCCUGA